CCCUGGAACUACACUCCCGUCGUGCCCCGCGGUGUCAGGCGGAGGCGGGCGAGCUGGUUGCUAGGACUUGGCGAAGCGCACGUUCGCGCGCCCGUCUCGCUGUCAGGUGGCUGCAGGCUUGAACUCGGGGCUGUGUCGGCUGCAGCGGCCAUGUCAGGAAAGGAGAAUAACUUCCCGCCGCUGCCCCACUUCAUCCCCCUGAAGCCCUGCUUCUACCAGAACUUCGCCGAUGAGAUCCCCAUCGAGCACCAGCAGCUGGUGAAGCGGAUCUACCAGCUGUGGAUGUUUUACUGUGCCACCCUCCUGGUCAAUCUGGUGGCCUGCCUGGCCUGGUGGAUCGCUGGCGGCUCGGGAGCCAACUUCGGCCUGGCCCUCCUGUGGCUACUGCUCUUCAGUCCCUGCAGCUACGUGUGCUGGUUCCGACCGGCCUACAAGGCCUUCCGGGCCGACAGCUCUUUCAACUUCAUGGCGUUUUUCUUCAUCUUUGGUGCCCAGUUUGUGCUGACUGUCAUCCAGGCCAUUGGCUUCUCAGGAUGGGGCGCGUGUGGCUGGCUGGCAGCUGUAGGGUUCUUCAGCACCAGUGUGGGUGCCGCCGUGGUCAUGCUGUUUCCAGCCGUCCUGUUCACCCUGUCGGCUGCCGCGAUGGCCAUCAUGAUUGUGAAGGUACACAGAAUCUACCGCGGGGCCGGUGGAAGCUUCCAGAAGGCGCAGACGGAGUGGAGCACAGGAGUGUGGCGGAAUCCCCCAACCCGGGAGGCCCAGUACAACAACUUCUCAGGGAACAGCUUGCCUGAGUACCCCACUGUUCCCAGCUACCCAGUCAGCGGCAGCCAUUGGCCCUAGCGGGGCCAGGGGCCCUGCCACCUGCCGCCUCCCCUUGCGGCCCCACCCCUGCCCUGGGUGGCCGUGUCUGCCAGCUGGGAUGGCAGGAGAGGGUGGGUGGCUUCCAGAGCCCCUAGCCAGGGUCCUCGACUCCCUGUAUUCAUCUCAUUUAUGGCCAGGCUCCCCUGUCCGUGGCCUCUGCCGUCUGGAAUGGGGCACCCACUGCCCCUGAAGACAUGUGGCUGCUCAGUGGGCAGUUGGCAACCUCGGGCUCUCCUCCCCACUCCUACGGGGCCAGCAGCUGGCACAGACUGCCCUCCCUGUACUGGAGCUACUGACAGCCGAGACAAACCCUGCCCACUGCCUGCUUGGUCCCAGGGUAGCCAUGGCCUCCU